AGGACAGGCGCGAGCUUGGGUACCGGGUGCGCGCUCAGCUGAGGGAAGCGACUGCGGCUUCGCGCGGAGAGCGAGAGAGAGAGAGGCGCAGGACGGAAUUCAACGGGAGUGCUACGCCGCACUAAAAGGAAAAAAACAAACACGCGCAAUUUGUUUUUUGUUUUUCUAACACAUAGAGCUAAGCAGGAGGAAUACAGUUCUCGAAGCGUGGGAGUUUACAGCCACGACAAAACUGCUGGGCAGUAAAUCAAGGUGCCUUAUAUAUUGGAAGAGAGACUGUCUGUUUGUAAAUGGAGAUGGGUCGGCAGCAGGGGCAAUUGAAUUUCACCUGAAAAAAAAAAAAAAGAGGACUUCACACAGGAGGAGAGGUCUUGCAGCUCGCCCCUGUCCUCCCUGCAGCCGCCCCGGGACCCCUUGCAGUUUCGCGUCUGAGGCGUAGCCGAAACGACCGUGACCACGCCCAUCGGGGACCAGGGCAGAGUUGGUGGGGGGCCAAUCGGAGGAGAGAUGUUGGCGCGGGGGCGGGCGGCGGCUCUCGCCGGGCUGACGGUCCUCCUGCUUCUCUGGCGUGAAGCGCGCGCGAUCGAGGUGCCGCUGGACCCAAUGAUCCAACGAGAACUGAGGCAGCCCCCCACCAUUGUGAAGCAGUCGAUGAAGGACUACAUUGUGGACCCCAGAGAUAACAUCAUCAUCGAGUGCGAGGCCAAGGGGAACCCAGUGCCGACGUUUUCGUGGAGGCGAAACGGGAAGUUCUACAACGUGGGGAAGGACCCGCGGGUGUCGGUGCGCAGGCGGUCCGGCACGCUGGAGAUCGGGUUCCGCAGCGGGGGGCGGCCCGAGGACUACGAGGGGGAGUACCAGUGCUUCGCCAGCAACGACUUCGGCACGGCCCUGUCCAACAAGAUCCUGCUCCGCGUCUCCAAGUCCCCGCUGUGGCCGAAGGAGCUGCUGGAGCCGGUGGUGGUGGCGGAGGGCUCCCCCCUCAUCUUGGCCUGCAACCCCCCGCCCGGCCUGCCCCCGCCCUUCACCUUCUGGAUGAACAGCGCCAUGAUGCCCAUCGCCCAGGACGACCGGGUCUCCAUGGGCCUGAACGGCGACCUGUACUUCUCCAACGUCCUGGCCAAGGACGCCGCCACCGACUACAGCUGCAACGCCCGCUUCCAGUUCACGCACACCAUCCAGCAGAAGAACCCCUUCACCCUCAAAGUCCAGACGAAAGAGCCCUUUAAUGACACGUCAUGGUUCAACCACACUGACGUGUACAGUGGUCGAGGGGUGGCUGAAACCACGCCCACCUUCCUGUCUCCCACGGGGGCGUCCAGCUCUAAGAUGGUGCUGCGUGGGGAACAGCUGCUCCUGGAGUGUAUAGCUGCUGGAUUCCCCACCCCCAGCAUCAAGUGGUUCAAGAAGGGGGGGGACCUGCCCAGCAGGAAGGUGAAGCUGGAGAACUUCAACAAGACGCUGCGCGUGGUGAGCGUGUCGGAGGAGGACUCCGGGGAGUACAUCUGCAUGGCCAACAGCAAGAUCGGCAGCGUCCGCCACUCCAUCUCCGUGCAGGUCAAAGCGGCUCCUUAUUGGCUGGACCAGCCGUCAAACAUCGUCCUGGCUCCAGACGAGAACGGUCGGCUCGUGUGCCGGGCCAACGGGAGUCCCAAGCCCAGCAUCCAGUGGCUGGUCAACGGGGAGCCAAUCGAAAGCGCGGCGCCGAACCCGAGCCGGCAGGCGGUGGGCGACACGCUGAUCUUCCGCUCGGUGCAGAUCGGCAGCAGCGCGGUGUACCAGUGCAACGCUUCCAACGAGCACGGCUACCUGCUGGCCAAUGCCUUCGUCAGCAUCCUCGACAUGCCGCCGCGCAUGCUGGGUCCGAGAAACCAGCUGAUCAAGGUGAUCGAGAACAACCGCACCUUCCUGGACUGCCCCUUCUUCGGCUCGCCCCUGCCCGAGCUCCGCUGGUUUAAGAAUGGGCAGGGCAGUGGCUUGGACGGCGGGCACUACAGAGUGUAUAUCAACGGCACCCUGGAGAUCAGGCGAAUUCGCCCGGAGGACCAGGGCACCUACACCUGCGUGGCCAGCAACAUCCUGGGCAAGGCGGAGAACCAGGUCCACCUGGAGGUCAAAGAGCCCACGCGGAUCGUCCGCGCCCCGGAGCACCUGUCGGCGAACCGCGGGAGCGCGGCGCGCUUCGACUGCCGCGUGAAAAAGGACCCCACCCUCCCCGUCACCGUCACCUGGCUGAAGGACGACAAGCCGCUCACCGUGGGCUGGAGGCUGAAGGCGGACGAGGACUCCCUGACCAUCAACAACAUCAACGAGGGAGACGAGGGGACCUACACCUGCACCGUCAGGACCGAGCUGGACGAGGACAUCGCCUCUGCCCGACUCACUGUGCUGGAGGAGGACAUGCUGUCUGCCUCAAACCGUAGUGUCUUACAUGCAGACCGCCCCGAGCCCCCGAUGGACCUGGAGUUAUCAGACCCAUCGGAGCGAAGUGUCAGACUCACCUGGAUACCUGGAGACGAUAACCACAGCCCCAUCACAGAGUUCCUGGUGCAGUAUGAGGAAGACCGGUGGGAGUCGGGGAAGUGGCAGGACCUGGCGACCUACCCGGGCCACACCAACUCCGUCGUCCUCAAGCUGUCGCCCUUCGUCAACUACCAGUUCCGCGUGAUCGCCGUCAACGGCGUCGGCCCCAGCCGGCCCAGCCGCCCGUCCCCGCAUUACAGGACCAGCGGAGCCCCGCCCGAUGUCGUCCCCGGGGGCAUACGUGGAGAAGGCAGCAAGAAGAACAACAUGGAGAUCACCUGGGAGCCACUGCAGGUCACCGAGCGCAACGGGGCUAACCUGCGCUACGUGGUGUCAUGGCGACGCCAGGACACGACAGACGAGUGGACGACUGUCACCUCCAAAGGGCUGAAGCACGUGGUGCACGACACGGAGACCUACAAGCCCUACGAGAUCAAGGUGCAGGCCGUCAACGAGUUUGGGCCCGGCCCCGAGUCCCAUGUGGUCAUCGGCUACUCCGGGGAGGACACCCCCACGGAGGCCCCCACCAACCUGCGUAUCUCCAAGAAUGAGGACACCAGGGUGAAGCUGCACUGGAGCCCCGUGGACCCCAGCUCCGUCCGGGGGGAGUUCAAGGAGUACAGGGUGUACUACUGGCGGGAGAGCAGCCUGCUGAAGGGCCUGAGGGUGAACCGGGAGACGAAGACCAAGGGCUUCUACAGCACGGGCCCCGAGCCCAGCGGCGUGCUGGCCGACCUGGUGCCCUACAGCCGCUACAAGAUGUACAUGGUGGUGGCCAACAACCGCUACGAGGGCCCGCGCAGCGACACGCUGGAGUUCCAGACCAAGGAGGGAGUCCCUGGCCCUCCCAAGUUCUUCCGGAUUGUUCAGCGAUACUCGGACACCGUCCACCUGAAGUGGGACAAGCCCCUGGAGCCCAACGGCAUUCUGAUCGGAUACACGCUCAAGUACCAGACAGUCAACGGGACGCAGCUGGGGCACAUGCACGUGGAGAACUUCUUCGACAACGUGACGGAGUACACCCUUCGCCUGCCGGACCGCUUCACCCGCUACAAGUUCAUCCUGGCGGCCCGCACACAGGUGGGCACCGGGGAGAUGUACACGGAGGAGUCGCCGCACUUCUCCAACGAAGAUUUCGCCAGCACAGAUUUGCCCACAGAUGAUUUGGUGCCCACAAGUGUUCCCACCACCCUUCCUACCACCAUUGCCACCAUCCCUACUACUGCUACUGCUACUACCACCCCCAGUACCACUGCUAGUACUGCAGCCACAACAAUCCCCAGCACCACCACUGCUACUACUGUUACAACCAAGCGUGCGGAUGUACUGGCAGCUGGAGGACGACAGAUCUGGAAUGUGACGGUCGAGGCUAACAGUGACUAUGCUAACGUCAGCUGGAAUCACAACUUCCCUCCCGACAACUGUGAAUUUGUGGUAGAGACCACUCUGGACAGUAACGGGACAAAGAGGAGAACGGUGGUCAAAAACGUCCCGCGGGCAAAGCUGGAGGGCCUGAGCGAGGGCACCAAGUACCACCUGCGCGUGCUCUCCCGCGACCGCCUCGCCGUCAGCAGCACUUACGUCACCUUUGAGACGAGUGCAGCCUUCAUUAAGGAAGAGGUGGACAUCGCCACGCAGGGCUGGUUCAUCGGGCUGAUGUGCGCCAUCGCUCUGCUCGUCCUCAUCCUCCUCAUCGUCUGCUUCAUCAAGAGGAGCCGAGGGGGGAAGUACCCAGUGCGAGAUAAGAAGGACCUGCCGCUGGACGCGGUGGAUCAGAAGGACCAGGACGGCUCUUUUGACUACCGCAGCGACGAGGACAACAAGCCCCUGCAGGGCAGCCAGGCCUCGCUGGACGGCAACGUGAAGGAGAGCGACGACAGCCUGGUGGACUACGGCGAGGGCGGGGAUGGCCAGUUCAACGAGGACGGCUCCUUCAUCGGCCAGUACACCGUCAAGAAGGACAAGGAGGAGACAGAGGGCAACGAGAGCUCCGAAGCCACCUCCCCCGUCAAUGCCAUCUACUCCCUGGCAUAGCCCCGCCCCCCCACAUGCCUGCCCCGCCCCCUCCCGAAGGGGGAGGACGGUGGGUGCUGUACACGCAUCUACACACACACACACACACACACACACACUUACCAACCAGAUGCCAGGAAGCCACAGAGUCCCACCCCCUAAGGGACGAACCCACUUUCAGUGACCGAGGGAGGGGGUGGAGGACGUGACACCUGCGCUUGCCACGGCCACUACAGUUUGGCUCCUAAUUGGCCCACAAAGGUGACUUUUUUUUGGAGUCAGUACCAGUCCCCCCCCCCCCAUCCCCCACCCCCCCACUCCUCUUCCCCUGCACAGACCUCGGUGUACUAUUCAGGGGGCGGGACUUAAAGGACAAUGUAAGGGGGGGAGGAGAAAACGUGGGGAUUUUCACCCGUUUUGUGUGGCUUUGCUUUUUCUGCCAUUUUGUUUUGGUUUUUUUGGGGUUUUUUUUUUUUUUGAGGAUUUACUUUCUCCCUUUCUCCCCUCCUUCUUUGUUGCUAGCUUCAAAAGAAAGAAGAGCAAAAUUGCCAGAUCUGUCAACAAACAUAUCAGCUGUACGUUACAAGCCAUCCAAUCACCAGGACACUGGCAUGGGUUUAUCAUAUUGAUAUAUUCACAAUGAAAGAUCUUGGUUCCUGGUUGAUAAAUUGAGUAAGUAAAUAAACAGUUAAAUGCCGUGAACAGUGCUGGCACAAUCUCUGUGCCCGUCAAAACUAUGCACUCUGUACUACCGUCCAAUGGCUUUGCUUCAUGUUGGGUUACAAAAUGUCACUUCCUUGUUGGGUCUUUUUUCUCUUCUCUUCUAGGCAGGCAGCACUACAAAUCCAGUAACAAAUCUUUUACUUUCAAUGUUAAUGUACAUGGUAUGUGUAGUCCUUUCUUUUUCGUCCAGUCUGUAGAGAAUUUGAAUGGCUGUUGCUGUAGCAUAAUCACUGUGGCCUGCGAGUGGGCUGCCUGACGUACCCUGUAAAAGGAAAACAAACAAAAAAAACGAACAAAAAAAAACGACACUAUAUGAGAUAUUAUUCUAAAGCAUGGUAGUCUUGUAGUGCAACAAAGAGGUCGAAGAGGGUAGCGAAACGGUACGAAGCGUUUCUGGAGAUAUCUUGGGCCGCCUGACCUGACGGGUAGCUCGCUAAAAUUUCUCGUCUCCUAGCCUGGUCCCGCUGCGGCCCUCAAGCUGAAAGUGUUGUCCCCGACACACGUGGGCAUGCUUUCAGGACUCACCCUUCAGUACCGAACCUGCAGGUCCUCACACGGUGGGACUGCCUCUGCACAUCGGUGAUACCGGUUGCCUUUUCCUGUAGGAAAGCAAGCGAUGCUAUUUUCCCCCACUUUUCUUCGUUUUAAAAAAAAAAAUUUUUAUUGCAUGGCUAAAUGCCGAUCAAGGUUUGUUUUGAUCUGAAAAGAUAUUUUGUUGCCAGGGGUCAAGAACAUGUCUGUAUUUCCCGAGAAUAAUUACACUUAGCUCUUGAAGUUUUAAAUGUACUACAGUGUGAGAUAAUCUCUGCCUUGCAGGCAGGCAGGGAACUGUAGGCUGAACAAUGAUGCAGGAGGGUAUUUUCUGUAUAAAUAUGGCCAGUGAUCUUAAUUCCUGGUCAUGGCGGGCCGUGGGGUCUGCUGGUUUUUGUGUUUACUCGGCACUUAAUUGAUAAAUUAAAGCAGUCUGUUACUCAGUUAACUCACCUCACCUGGUUUCUUUAGUCUGAAUUGGGUACUGAUAUUAAGGUGGAAAAAACCCCAAAACCAGCAGACCCUGCGGCCCAUCAGGACCAGGAAUGAAGAUCACUGCGCUAGGUCAUAAUAAUCCACCUGGGGAGUAUUUCAAAAGAAACAUUAUAAAUCGCUUUUUAGAAACUAUGUUAUCAUCAAGGCCACCGGACAGAAAAGCUACAUGGUUCGAUGCCUGAGAUGUUCCUCGGAAAUUACAGUUGAUGUCUCCCAGCGAUUAGCCGUCCGAAGAUAUAUGCAUUCCCCUCAGUCUGGAGCGCGGUUCAUGCACUGCCCAGCAGACGAAUCACCGUAAAACACGCUGCACCAGGAAGGGAGCUGACCGUAAUGAGCGCUAACGUUUAUCACCAUAGCCCAUUUCAGUAUUGUGUUAGCUAGCCAUUCAUACCGUCAUAAUGACUCCAUUAGACUCGAACACCAUUAACCGUGACUGAAAAGGCAUCUCGACUUGUUUAGAAAUCUAUAUUAAUUGUAAUUACAUUUUGUUUAUAAUGUCGAUAUUAAUUUAUGAAUUAUUAGUCAGAUACGUUAUUUUAACGAUGAUCGUUGUACUAUCGCGUCACAUUGAGGGGGUGAAACGUGCACGCGGUCUGCCUGAUACGUUUCUGUUUCCGCAAAAUUACAACCAACAAAAUUAAAUCGUUAUAGCGGACAGCAUUGUGGCAACAGAAAUUUCUGCUGUUGACAAACGUUGCAGUCACAAACCUGUUGCUUCUCUCUCUAGUGUUAUUCUUAUUGAUGUUGUUGUAUAACUGUUGUAUUACAUGUUAAUAUUAGAAUUUACUCUAUGACUUUGACACAAUGCAAAAAAAGGGAGAUAUUCUUUAUAUUUAUUGGUUAUAAAUAGGACCUGGGAUAAACACAAAGUACUAUAUAUUUUAUCUAUGUAAUUAUUUAUGAAGUAGUAGGAAAGAACAUGUAAGCUGCAUACACACUUUUACAAGUACACAGUAAAAUGUUCAGUGUUUUUUUUUUUUUAAUUAACUCUUACACAGAGUACAUGCGGUCCCAUUUGGGACUCCCAAGUGUACUGUGGUAGAGCUGAAUGAACACUGGGCAUUUUACUGUGUACCCACAUCCACUCAGAAAGUCAGUAUACCCUGAGGGGGCAGGUUUAAUGCCCCCCCCUUCCCCCCCCCCCCCACCCUCCCCAGUGGCUGACUUUUAUUUUAUUUUAUUUUUUUGCCCUUGUUUCGUCAUUAUGUUCAGCACCUGUAGCGUGUAGGUGGUUCUCCUCUAUUUAAAAAGCAGCUCCCCAAAAACCUUCCCUAAAAUGAAAGCAAUUAACGUUCAGGAAUGGAGGUGGACAAAUCAGAGAGAUCCUGGGAGAUGUUAAAUAUCAAGUUCUCUAUCGGGCCAUAAUCAAGCGUAUGUAAUAAGUCUUUGUGUGUGUGUGUGUGCGCGCCUGGUACGAAGGAACCACAACUUUAUAAAUGGCAUUAAUUGAGGUAAUUGAGAAGUUCUGGUCCUUGGCGCAUUUUCUGUCUUCUUUAUUACGCCUGCAAACGGUUAAACCCGGUAAUUCUACACGGAGGCUCUGCUCCCUCAUUACCCAUCAUGCCUUUCACCCACCACCACGCCUGGUGACGGCUCUUUGUGACAGCGGCUCGAUGCACAGACUAAAGCCUCCUGCUGUUUAGCCGGCGGUUUCUCUGGCGAUGCCUUCGUCUUCACGGUAGCCGUGAGGUCCAAGCCCCCCCCGACCCCCCGCUCAUGUUCCGUGCCUGUUCCACUGUGUUCCUUUUCCCUUUCCGGAAAAAAAAACCUCAAAAGCAAUAUCCUCCAGAACUAUUUUGGGGAUUUGGACACCUCAGCAUCUCUUUCCCCUAUUGGGUCUCUGGGACUGUGGCUGCCGAGCACAGAUGACCCGACGGAGCACAAAACACCGGACUGAGGGAUUUCCAACGCGGCAACAAAACCUUUUACCGGUGCGGCGUCUGCACCCAUGCCUUCACACGGACAUAAGAGGGGGCGGGGAAUGGGGGGGUGAGUUUGUUUUUAUCUGCCCCCCCACCCCCACCCCCCCCUGAAAGAGACCCCACAUUGAAGUUCAACUUUGGCUGAUGAUCACACUUACCCUGAACUUGCCUUGGACGCCUGGAUUCCCCUCGACGUCACUCUACCACUUCCUCCUCCCCAGCGUGCCCCCCCCCCCCCCCCCCCCCCCCCCAGAGUAUUCGAGGCCCUCCACAUUGUUCCUCGAUGUCCCCCAAAGGACACUUGAAAAUGUAGAACUUGUGUACAUGUCGAUGCUCACUGCUUUCUUAUGUCCUUUGUUUGAAAUUGUUUUUUUUUGUCCACGUGUGUUGAUUUGCUGAAAAGGCCAGUUUGUUCAUCAUUUCAACCUGGGCUUGUACGCAUUGGCUGCGUUCAGCUAGGCCAUUCCUCACCACAGGAGCUAGUCACUUUUCAAGAAGAGCCAUUGUCAGCUGUGCAUUUUAAGGGCAUUGUUGCUCAUCCAGUCCAAAAGAACUAGUCAUAAGGAACACACAGUAAUAAUGCAUAAAAUUAAUUAAAAUUAAUUAUUGGACAUUUGUACAUGCAUCAUAAAUGCUUACUAUUUGAAUAACCUCAUGUCUUAAUUUCUUAUUGUUAUUAUUAUUAUUAUUAUUAUUAUUAUUACAAUUAUUGCCACCAUACACAGUACAUAUCUAUUCAUAUAUUUAGCCUUAGGAAUUGUUUUAUAUCGAUUAAUAUUUAUUUUCUAUUGUAAAUUUAACUGUACCUAAGCAGCUUUGAAGCACUGCUCCUACAGGAAAGAUGAACAGUGUUUGAAAGGUACAUCAGAUUUGAACAAAAAAAGACAAAAAAUGGCAUAUUAACAUACUCAUUAUGUAUGCGUGUAUGAACGAGAGGCAGAAACUAAUCCACUAGAGAACGCCUUUCUUUAUAGUAAAGCCAUUUCAUUUUCUCUAAAA